AUGUUCAAGUCGCGGCUGCAGGAGCUGUGUCAGAAGCGGCGAUGGGCGCCGCCGUUGUACGAGCCUACCCGCGAGGGUCCUGCCCACACGCCCCUCUUCCGCGCUACUGUCGUCGUCAAUGGCGAGAGUUUCAGCUCCCCGGAUGAAGGGGAGAGGUCACUCAAGGAUGCGUACAACCUCGCUGCCAUGGCCGCCUUCGAGAACCUCAGCGCGCUCCCGGCCGCGGCCCCUGCCCCGGCUGCUCCAGCGACGCCGCCGCCCGAGACCCAGAUUUCUUACAAGAAUCAGUUACAAAUUUAUGCUCAGAAGCGAGGCAAACUCCUGCCUUCAUAUCGUCCCAUUCAUGGAGGUUCUGUUCGUGCACCUCUAUUCAAGUCUGAAGUAACCAUAGAUGGUCAAACAUUUGAGAGCCCAGAGUACUGUCUCACAAUGAAGAAAGCUGAAACAGCUGCUGCAAAAGUUGCUCUGAUGUCCUUACCUCAAGAAGCAAGCCCAACACAGCAACUACCGCUUCCAUCAGUAUCCUAUAAGAAUCUUCUACAAGAACUACUUCAGAAAGAAGGCUUUCCCUUGCCUAGCUAUGAUACAACUUCGGAUGUCUUGAACUAUUCUGCUGCCUUCAUAUCAACUGUGGAAAUUCAAGGUGCAACUUUUCGUGGAGAGCCAGGGAACACUAAAAAGCAAGCAGAGAUGAAUGCUGCGAAGGUUGCUUUUCAACAUUUCAAAGACAGGGUAAAAGACUCUGCUUGUUCUACUGUUCAUGGAGAAUCAUCCGUGCAACAAGGAACCAAGAACCUGUCUGCUGGACAAAAUAUCAAGGUUCUAGAACCUGGUUUUUCAGUGCUUGGUGUAUCAACGCCAACGACAAAGCAUGGCAAGGAUAAUGACUUUGAUGCUGUAAAUCACCCACUUCCUGUUGCUGCUACAACACAAUCUGUUGAUGGAAACACAAUAUCUUCAAAGCUGGAAGUUAACAAAUCACUCCUUGCAGAGCCAAGCACAGAAGUUGAAGCAAUGUAUUCUACAGAAGUUGACAAACUGCCCCUUCCAGAGCAAAGCAUGGAUAUUGAAGUUGUGAACUCGUCUCUGGAAGUUGACAAACUGCACUUUCCAGAGCCAAGCACAGAAGCUGAAGUGAUCCAUUCAUCUCUGCAAAUUGAUGAACCGCUCGUUCCAGAGCCAAGCACAGAAGUAGAAGGCAUGGACUCAUCUCUAGAACACACAUCAGUUGUGAAUGGUCACGCAGCCCUCAUAGCCCCAACCAUUACCUCUACUCUAAGCGUGCCAACAGCUACCAUGCCUGUCAGCAAUGACAGAUGCGGUUGCUACUUGGGGACCAACAGAAUCCAAGUCUACCCUCGCCACACUGAUAUGGUUAUCCCGGAAGAUGCAGAGUACAUGAAGUACAAGGAUCCAAAGCAGCCUAUUAACUCUAGAAUCAGGGAUCUUAUUGGUAGGAUGACCCUUGCUGAAAAAAUUGGCCAAAUGACACAGAUAGAACGCCAGGUUGCAUCUGCAAAUGUCAUGCAACAGUACUUUAUAGGAAGCAUCUUAAGUGGUGGUGGAAGUGUUCCUGCUCCCCAGGCCAGUCCUGCAAUUUGGGUGAACAUGGUCAAUGAAUUCCAGAAAGGUGCCUUGUCAACGCGUCUAGGAAUUCCAUUGAUUUAUGGAAUUGAUGCUGUUCAUGGUAAUAACAAUGUCUACAACGCCACUUUAUUCCCUCAUAACAUUGGGCUUGGAGCUACAAGGGAUCCUGGCCUCAUAAAAAGAAUUGGUGAAGCAACUGCUCUUGAAGUGCGUGCGACGGGCAUUCAAUAUACUUUUGCUCCAUGUAUUGCAGUUUGCAGAGAUCCAAGAUGGGGUCGAUGCUAUGAGAGCUACAGUGAGGAUCACAAGGUUGUGCAGCAGAUGACAGAUAUUAUCCUUGGUCUGCAGGGUGAGAUCCCAGUCAAUCAUACCAAGGGAGUUCCAUAUGUUGCUGGGAAGGAUAAGGUUGCUGCUUGUGCUAAACACUAUGUUGGUGAUGGUGGAACUCAUAAUGGGAUCAAUGAGAAUAAUACAAUCAUUGAUGAACAUGGGCUGCUAAGCAUUCACAUGCCACCAUAUUAUGACUCUAUCAUAAAGGGUGUUGCUACUGUUAUGGUUUCUUACUCAAGCCUGAAUGGUGUAAAAAUGCAUGCCAACCAUGACUUAGUCACUGGAUACCUGAAAUCCAAACUGCAUUUUAGAGGUUUCGUGAUAUCAGACUGGCUAGGAGUAGACCGUAUCACCUCACCUCCUGGUGCAAACUAUACUUAUUCUGUGCAAGCUGGAAUCAAUGCUGGCAUUGAUAUGGUCAUGGUGCCAUACAAUUACACUGAUUACAUUAACGAUCUGACUUCUCUCGUUCACAAGGGUGUCAUCAAUAUAAGCAGAAUUGAUGACGCUGUGAGGCGUAUCCUUCGAGUCAAAUUUACAAUGGGCCUGUUUGAGAACCCUUUAGCUGAUCUUAGUUUUGCAGAGCAGCUUGGAAAAAAGGAGCAUAGGGAACUGGCUAGAGAAGCUGUCAGGAAAUCACUUGUUCUGUUAAAAAAUGGGAACUCUCCCAAUCAGCAAUUCCUACCUCUCCCUAAGAGAGCUAGAAGUAUCCUGGUAGCUGGAAGUCAUGCUCGCAAUUUGGGGUACCAGUGUGGUGGAUGGUCAAUCCAAUGGAUGGGGGGCAGUGGUGAUAUCACAACCGGAACAACAAUUCUUGAUGCCAUAAAGUCCACCGUUGCUAACCCAACGACGGUUGUCUACUCUGAGAAUCCUGAUGACAGUUUCAUGAAGCAUAAUGACUUCUCAUUCGCUAUCGUCAUUGUUGGCGAGCCACCAUAUGCUGAAACAGUUGGCGAUAGCACUGACCUCACUAUGCUAGACCCUGGUCCAGACACGAUCAGAACUGUGUGUUCUGCAGUUAAAUGUGCAGUAGUCAUCAUUUCGGGUCGUCCCAUUGUGAUUGAGCCAUAUGUUCCAUUAAUGGAAGCGCUUGUUGCAGCUUGGCUUCCGGGAACCGAAGGUCAGGGUGUUGCAGAUGUACUCUUUGGAGACUAUGGUUUCACAGGCAUGCUCCCGCAGACCUGGUUCAAGUCGGUCGACCAGCUGCCCAUGAAUGUGGGAGACCCACACUACGAUCCACUCUACCCUUUCGGCUUCGGUUUGACGAUAAAUUCAUCAUUGCCAGGGUUCUCUGGUGUUGACAAUCUGGGAUAUAAGAAGCAAAGAGUGCUAAUUGUUGUGCUGUGUUCUCUACUGCCAUUGGUACUAAUCAGUUAA